CCGUAUGACAAUACUCCAAUUCGCACCGUUUUGAAACUGCAAGCACUUCUUCUUCCCAACCUGAUAACAAGAGUCUAGUGGGUCUAACUGUGUUCAAGCUCUGCCAAUGGAGGUGGUUUCGUCGUCUCUAAUUCUCUCGCCACUCCGCACGAACCGUGGCUCAUCUUAUCCAGAUCUUCCUUUCCUCAGUACCUGCUCUAGACCGAGCAAUCGGCCACGGCCACCUAUCAUCGUCUGCUCUUACAAAGCGGAAAAUGGUUUGGCCAGUGAGGAUAAGAAGCUGUUGCUUGAGCGUUACGGUCUCGACCCCGACGAGUUCUUAUCUGAACCUCCUCCACCUAAGACUAGGGGGAGAAAGGAUGUGCAAAAGAGAGGAAGAGGGAAGUCAGUCCAACUACCAGAGGGCCCCAAGCCGCCACGGACUACCCAUAAGUUGCUUCAGGUGCUUGGGGGAAAGGCUAGAAGAAUGAAGUUGCUGUCGCCAAAGGGUAUGAAUGUACGCCCGAUGAUGGAAGUUGUGAAAGGCGCAGCCUUUGAUAUAUUGCAGGUAGCUAGUGGCUGUCCUGCAUCUUUAAGGUCUGGCCGCUGGUUAGACUUGUACAGCGGUACUGGAUCUGUUGGUAUUGAAGCGAUUAGCCGAGGAUGUUCUGAGGUGCAUUUCGUUGAGAUGGAUCCUUGGGUUGUAUCAGAUGUUUUACGUCCAAAUUUGGAAUGGACUGGGUUUCUUGAUGUUUCAGUUAUACAUACUGUUCGUGUUGAAAAGUUCUUGGAACGUGCGGAGCAAUUUGUAGGUAAAGAUGGAUCAUUUGAUUACAUUAGUGUUACCCCUCCAUAUACUGAAGUUGACUAUGGGGUGCUGAUGGGCCAAAUUUCAAAGUCACCCUUACUUGGGGAAGAUACCUUCAUCGUCGUUGAGUAUCCAUCAAGAACUGACAUGCUCGAUACAUGUGGAUGCCUAGUGAAGAUAACUGAUCGACGGUUUGGACGGACACACUUGGUAAUAUAUGGACCUACAUGGGCCCAGAAGAAAAGGAAGUCUGAAAAGACGCUUCGGAAAUUAGCAGUAGAAAUUUAACUCAAGUCUGCAAGUGGAGAAGGACACAGUAACCUGGAAUUAGAAAGAGUUUGCAGUGAAUGACAUUGCAUCCUCGAAUGCUGUAAUUAGUUGGUUAAUCAGCAUUUCCGGGCUGCUUAAAAAGUAUGAGAAGAUUGAGUCAAACCAUCAAUACUAAUUCAGGCUGAUUUGUGAAAGUUGUAAAGAAUCUGUAAAUCUGUAUUUCAGUACUUUACGAGUCACUGUACAUUUACUUAUCUUCCCUCAAUAUACAAGGUGCUGAAUUUUGUUUCC